AUGGUCUCGGCUACUAAUUUGACAUAUCGUGUCAUUUCAGUGAUGGGCGUGCUGAUGCGUGUGAUACGUGUGCGCAUCACGCGUCUUGGACGAUACGACGCAUCACUCUUUGAUGCUCUACUGAACCGGUUGCAGAGAAGACCGUUUAACAGUAAAAUCGCGAAAAUCAGAUUUUAUACGGUUGAACACGUUUCACCCGUAUCAGCGUCUAACGUGAAUGCGACCUGUGUCUUGGCUGUUCAUCCAAGAGUUGCGUUGAAGGCGUGUCACGGCAAAAUCUCACACGGAAAAAUUAUUGAACGAAAAUGCCCAACUCGUAUGGCCAUUUAUAUCCCUGUUGACGCUUCCAUUCGCAAGGCAAUCGUUUACUUGCGAAACCCGCAUAAUCACCCAAUGUAUCCGAAGACCAAGCCAAGUACCGGGGAGAAAGAUCAACUCAGGCAAGCAAUCAGUGCGGCUGGAAAGCGUGGGCUCACUGUUCGCAAGCUGAUCAAUGGAAUUCCAGUGCCAUCGACAUCUGCUAUUUACAACAGCAUGUCUCUACCAAUCGCAUCCCCUGCAUACAUGGAUCGCCGCAAAUUAAGAGAUGAAAUUCGGAAAGAAAAAAUGAAGGACCAUCCAAAGGGAUUAGGUUGGGAAGUGAAAGGUGAUGUCGAUGAAUGGGAAGUUGUCGGUUUUUUGGAUCGCUUCAAACGCCGUGUAACACUGGCACACUUCUAUUGUGAUAGGAAUACCCGGAAUGCCUUUGGUCGACUGUUUUCCAAGCUCUUUCAAAUUAUUCCUGAGCUUACUGGAUCAAUUUUAAAGUUCUUCGCUUUCUUUCCUGGCGAUCCUAAGGCGCUCCUACGAGCAAUCAUUUUAGAUGCUGAAGCUCCACAAGCGCAGGGAUUAGGUGAUGAAUUACUAGUAUAUGUUGCAAAACUUGUUGCAUUCACUUCGAGAGCUACAGUAUCCAGAGAAACCAUCGCCCGUUUGAAAGGAUUCAUGGGACUUCGGAGCCACAAUGAAAUUCAAGAAUGGCGUGAAUUCUGCCGGAAUUCCUUAGAUAAGUCAGUACAAGACUGGUAUCAACAGAAAGUCAACAAUCCAUGGCUUUUGCCAUCUCUCAAUGCUUUCCUGUCGAAGAUGGAUGGUACAAGCUGGAAUUUGACACCCAACCAUUCCAAUCUCGUUGAAGGUGGUCACUCGGGAACAAACGAUGUUACAUCCAUAGGCAAGGAAAUUGGCGAAGCUGUCACAAGCGCAUGUGAACUUGACAAUAAAGUUGCUGAUGAACUUGAGGCGAUGGAACAGAAUGCUGUUCUGCCUAAGCGCUGGAAUGGGCUGUCUGAAAGGGAACACCUAAAUACCCAGCGUCGGGCUUGGGGUCAUGCAAAACAGAAGGACCGUGAUGAUAAACUCGCUCACCAUGAUGAGUUCACCACCGAGCUUCAGAUGCUUUCAUCUCAGCAGGCUGACUCGUUAAAACUAGAUAAAUCUCUUCAGGCGCAGAUCCAGAUGCUACGAGAUAAUCAGAGUGCCAAUUGGAAGGAAGAAAUCAAGGCCCUCCAGCAACAAGUCGAAGCAGAGAAGGAAAAGCGACGAGGAUACAAAAAUCGGCGGCAAGUUGUUAACAAAUCCAUCCAGGAACUCAAGGACAAUGGCUUAAGUGGGGCUCAAGUUCAUGGGCGCCGUCCAGCAUUAUCAGUUAAAAGCAAGACAGUGGAUAAAGACCUACCCGAGGGGCCUGGGAACAACGUGGAUUUAUUGGAGGAAUCUAUCUCAACAAUUCCUCCAGGCGACACGCAUCUUAAAAAAGAUGACACAAACACACAGAGUACAUCGCUGGUUGAGUCACUCACUGCGAUGCUCAAUAGUCAAGAGGACAAUUGCGGCUUGAAUGAGAACGCCGGUGGGUUAUUCAUUGCCUUGCAUGCAAAAUUGCAUUCGCCAAAACUCUUUGUCCUAGUUGGUCUGUUCCCCGACAUGCCAGUCAAUUACUAUGACCAUGGCCAUCCUCCCAUCAACAGUCCCAACGCUUUCGGUUCUGGCUUUGAUUUUGACUUCAAUGAAUUUGAUUUCACAAAUAUGGACAACUUUGACUUCGAAAACAUGGACGUCAAUGCUCUGGGUUCGGCAAAUCUGGAUGUCGGCGCAACAAUUGAUUAUGAACAGGCCUUCAUGGAAGCUGCCUUAUCGAUAGGUGUACAGGAAAAUAGGCCUGACUAUUUUAUAGCAGACAGCUCUCAGCUCGUUUUGCCCCCGUACCCUUCUCAUCCCAACAUCGACACCAUGUCGUCUAUUGGUACUUUGGCAGGCCUCAGUUCCUCUCCAGUGCUGACAUCCAGCAGUGGCGUGCUCAGUGCGCCUAUCCUUCCAAAACCCGAUGGUGAUCACCGCCGGCCCACUAAGCGCAGAAAGGUCGACGAGGUUAACGCAGCCCACAUUCUUCCCGAAGGUCUUCAACGAAGCCGAACAAAGAGUGCUAAGGCCACGGCAGCUCUGGGGGAAUAG